AUGGAAACCGAAGUACUUACUUGCCGUUGGCAAAACUGUGACAAGACAUACCUGGACCCAGAACUACUUUACAGCCAUUUGACAAACGACCAUGUUGGACGAAAGUCGACUGGCAACCUUUGCUUGACUUGCCACUGGGAGAACUGCGACGUUACAGUAAUCAAGCGAGACCACAUUACGAGCCAUCUUCGAGUCCAUGUUCCUCUAAAGCCACACCAUUGCAACUUUUGUCCAAAGUCGUUCAAGCGUCCACAAGAUCUCAAGAAGCACGAAAAGAUCCACAGCGAGGAACACAUGGCCUCAUUACGAAGUCAUCAGACACGAGGCAACAUUGCACAACCACUUACACCACCUCGUCAACCAGGCAUGGAUUUGGCUCUUUCACCAGCUUCGUCUUCAUCCGAGCCACAGUUACAUCAUUCACCAGCAUCACGCACACCCGCAUCACCGCCCCAGAGCACAUAUUCUGAAGACAGCGGCUUACAUCCUUCUCCUUACACUGAUGCCUACGACAACUUUGGCCCCAAUAUUAAGCAACAACAGCCCACAUUUGCUACACCCGAUCAAAUGAUCACCGAUCUUAUCUUCCCCGAAGACACUGAGAUGAAGGCAGAGUACAAUCAAGACUUUGCCAAUCGUUUAUGUAUGUUGGAGAAUGCACUCAAUACUGGAUCCGUCAGCCCCCAGGAUAUGAAUAUCAACAUUGCCAAUGAACAAGAGCUUGCCAAUGUCAAUGCAUGGCUCGCACGAUUGACUGGUAGUAUCCCCGACAAUUAUGUGCAACAACAACAGCAGCAGCCAGUCGUACAAGAUCAACAAAAGAUGAUGUAUGAUUCAAUGUACGGCAAUCCACCCACAACAGCAUCAUCAUUUGCAUCCACACCAACAACCUAUCAACAAACUUCAUCCUAUGACCCAAGUAUGAUGCUCCAAUCUUUCACUGAUCCCACGGCACAACCCAUGCAUCAACCACAGCCACAACAACAACAACCUUUACAAGAUGCCAACAUGUUGUAUCCAUCAGCAGAGCAAGACUUGUAUGUUCGAUCGCAUCCUAUUCCUCAGCAAUCAAAUUCAGUAUCUCCCAUGGAUGAUGUUGCUUACAUGAAUGGAGGAUUCGACAAUAUGAUGUCAAUGGAUUAUGGAGCACAAGGAAUGCCUCUUGGCUAUCCAUCAUCAUCGCCUAUGGAUGCAGCUGCCGGCAACAUUGGCAUGACUACAGGAUUCCGACACCAUUAUACCGCUGUUCCUGAUGUCACCAUGAAUGGCUUUACUCCUGAUAUUCGCACAGCUACCAACUUUACAAGUGCCAAUAGCAAAUCCAAGCGUAAUGCUGCCAAGACGCCAUCCGAUGGUGCUCAAGUGGAAAAGGAUGAGACCAAGGAGAAUGUCAAGCCUACCAAAGCUAAGGCUGUUACCUAUGAGGACAAGAAGAAUGUGGCAACGUUGUUCAAUGUCUUUACGAGUAUUGGUGAACCAGGCAAACCAAGUACUACUACCACUACUAGCAAACCAGUCAAGAGUAGUAGUUCUUUGAAGGAGCAAGAAUCCACCAAGGAUGCAUCAUCAUCAUCAGAGAAUGCCAAGAAGGAGGAGGAUGAGGAAAAGAACAAGGCUUCUUCCCCUGUCAAGAAGGAUGUAGUCGACUUACUGGUGAGCGACUUGUCUGAAUUGGAUAUCAAGGAAAAGAGUAAACCUAUUGAGGAGCCAAGUCGAAAAGCAGCAUCGUCAUCGUCAUCAUCAUCAACGCUUUAUCCUAGCAGCAAUUCCCUUCCAACAGCUGAACGUCAUCGUUUAUUGUUAAAUCAAAUCAGGCAAUGGGUGAAUGACAGCUAUGCAAUGAAAUCCAAGACCAAGGCACCUACAACAACUCCUUCUUAUAAUAAGACAUCAUCCGUUUCAGUACAAUAA